AUGGCCGAAGAGCAUGGAAUUAGGGAGAGACCCGAGGGAGGGGAGGAGACCUUGAUGGAGCUGACCCAGGUGGUCAUGAUGGAGACGAAGGAACGGGUACUUUCCCCUUCGCUAGCAGCGUCCGCCGGCGUCGGAGAGGCCGGCGGUGUGAAGAGAAGGAGAGUUACUGAAGGAGACUUUGAGCUCUCCUGCCGCCAGCUGCGAAGUCGGAGAAUCUCCCAAGGGGUGGAUAAGUGGCAGAGCAUGAGGGCGACAUGCUUCAGACCCUUACCGGAGAAGGGGAGCAAUGGCGAAGACCGGGAUCAGACCAGCAGGUUCGCCGGCGAAGCGCGGCCCGCAGAGGAGGUGGCGCUGCCGGCGGCAGCGGCGGCGACGAAGAUGGCGACGGAGGUGAGAGGACGAAGAAAAACGGUUCUCGAUGAUGGAGUGAGCGUUCCUCCUCAUUUGUCGGAGCUGGAGAGCCGUUAUUCCCUGUUUGAAUCGUGGCCCGACUCCGAUGGAGUUAAAUCUUCUUUCCGUUCACAGGUGGACGAAGGUUCCGAAACCCCCGUAUCUAAUUACGACCGUGAGCUGGAGAGGUCGGUUGGUCUUCUUCUUCUUUCUCUCUCUCUCAGCGUAAUUCCAACCCGUGAUGCGAUCUCUGAGAAUUUGUCCGGCAACGGACGAGGAGACGAUCUCCAUCUCUUCCUUCUUCCGUUACUAGUUGCUUCUCCCUCUAUUCCUUGUGUAUUCAUCCUCAGGUGGUCUUUGUUUGAUGUUGUCUAGAGAUGAAGCGACCAUGAAGGAUCUCAGAAGGAAGGAGGCGGAGGAUAUGGAGUCAGCGGCGAGGCCCGCCGACGCCGGCGGCCGCUGCAAGAUGGAAGCGCCGCCGCCAGCAACCUCACCGGUCACGUCGCUGGUGGUGUCGGAGAGGGAAAUCGAGGAAUUCUUCGCAUCGGCAGAGAGAAAGGAGAGGGAGCGUUUCUCCAAGAAGUAAGCUCUCUCAGAUAUAUAUCAGCCCACCACCAACCUUCUUCCAGAGAGAGGGAAUGACGCUGCUGCUCGACUGUCUUUCUCUCUCUCGUUGACCUCUCUCUCUCUCUCUCUCUCUCUCUCUCGCUCUUACCUUGUCGCAGGUACAACUACGACGUGGUGAAGGAUUCCCCUCUCGAGGGUCGAUAUGAGUGGACUCGGAUAGAACCCUGA